GGUAGAGUCUGGCUGGUUCGACACAACACCGGAGGAUUGUUGUCAUUUCUGCGCGGCUAGCUCUUAGCGCUAGCUAGCUGUUCCAUUUCACCCUCUGCUUAUUUCGAUCCAGCAGGAUGUUAUUAUGGAGCGUGGCCCAGUUCUGCCUGACAGCCUGGUGUUGGAGAUCUUCCUGUGUCUGUCCCAUGAUGCCGUGCUGACAGCUGGUCUGACCUGCAGACAGUGGCUGGCUGUCUCCAGAGAUGAGUUCUUGUGGAGGGAUUUGUUCUACAGCUACUACCGCAUCCCCCGCUAUGUACCCCGACACCCAGCGGCGGUGUCAUGGUACAGGGAGUUCAGGCGUCUGUUUGACUGCAUCCCCUGUGUGGAGGUUCAGACGCUGAGAGAGCACACCGACCAAGUCCUCCACUUGGCCUUCUCUCACAGGGGGCACCGGUUCUCAUCCUGCUCCAAAGACUGCACUGUUAAGCUGUGGGACACGGAGCAACCAGAUGGCAACCUCUCAUUGGUGCACAGCUCCAGCAUGCGGGAGUUCAACUGGGGCUACACUCAGUUCUCCCAGUUCAAUGCUGACGACAGCCUGCUGCUCGUGUCGGGGGUUUACCUGGGCCCACACCACUCCUCUUCGGGGGAAAUCGCAGUCAUCAGUCUGGAAAAUUACACACUGUUGUCGCGGGUUAGGAACAAGCCGUACGAUGUGUUUGGGUGCUGGCUGAAUGAGACCCACCUGAUCUCUGGGAACUUGCACUGGAUCGGCCAGAUGACCUCCUGCUCCGUGCUGUGGCUCAAUAAAGCUUUCCAGGAUGUCGAAUCAGAGAAUGUCAACGUGGUCAAGCGCCUUUUUAAGAUCCAGAACAUUAACGCAAGCACCAUCCGCACAGUGAUGGUGGCCCACUGCCGUCGUCAUGACAACCCGGACUUGGUGCUGGAUUAUGAGGCCCAGUCUCAGGCUCAGAGGCAGAAAGGGCCACAGCGCCCGCACCAGCCCCUCCUCUUUGACCUGGGAACCUCCGGCAGCGAGGAAGACGACGAGGAAGCAGCAGAUGACGAGUCUCAGAGGGAGGCGAGGGCUCAAGGCUGUACCGCCGCCCGUGCCCCUCAGUCCACUAUAUCAAACCGGGAGCAUGUUAUACAGAGUCGUAAAAAUAUCGGGCCCAGGGACCUGGCGAUUGAAACCCACGUGGCUAAGAUGAUGGGCAGAACCCACACGAAAGCACCCGACUGCAGCUUCAAAGAGCAGCCUGAGUCCGGGGAAGAAGACAAAACCUACUUGCUCUUCACCACCGGCAGCCUUACGUACUCCCCUCACCAAAUAGGUAUUAAGCGGAUCAAGCCCGACCAGAUGACAACGUCCGGUCCCGUCCUUGGUGAAGAGCGUAGCUCGGAGGAGUUCUUUGAUUCCCUGGACCAUGUUAUUGAUAUCCACGGACACAUAAUUGGAAUGGGCCUUUCUCCAGACCACAGGUACCUUUAUGUGAACAGCCGGGCUUGGCCUGCCGGAUGCGUGAUCUCCGACCCCAUGUCGCCGCCUCCCAUCGCCGAGGAGAUAGACCUGCAUGUCAUCGAUCUGAAGAACUUGAGGGAGGAGAGAAGAAGCCUGCGCGCUCACCGAGCCUUCACCCCCAACGACGAGUGCUUCUUCAUCUUCCUCGACGUUAGCAGAGACUUUGUUGCCAGUGGAGCUGAGGACAAGCACGGCUACAUCUGGGACCGUCACUACAACAUCUGCCUGGCGCGCCUGGCGCACGACGACGUGGUGAACUCGGUGGCAUUCAGCCCCUCCGACCAGGAGCUGCUGCUGUCCGCCAGCGAUGACUCUACCAUCAAGGUGUGGCGUUCGCCGCGCAUGGACCGUCUAGCACAGGCCCCCGGGCGGCCGCCGAGGCCCCGCAGCCUCCUGUCGUCCUGGUUGAGCCACAAGAACUCCACUUCUGCCAGCAGCGUCAAUGGGAAACCACGAGUCAGGUUGGAAAACACUCUGAGUGGGUGGGAGCGAGGAGAGGAAAGUCAGACCUGACUCCUCUGUGGUGGGAAUAUAUAUGCACUCCAUGUAUAUGUACAGUGUGGUUACAGUCUGUGGUUUUGCUUGAGCUCACAGUGUUGUGAGCUACGGCGGCGCUCGGCAGCUGGCAGGAGACGAGAUGAACCUCUGUGUUGGACACAAGGGUGCGCUGUUGUGCCAACAAAGGACAGAGCUUUGAAUUGACAUGUGGAGCUAAGACCUAACUCGCACAAGACAGACAUGCUGUUUCCUGAGAGACGGGUUAUUUCUGUUUUAUCAGUAAGGUGCGUCUGAACAGGUCAGACACCGAGCUCCUGGACCUGAGGUGUAAAUGUGCUGCAGAGACGGCACCUGAUGAUCAGAGGAAAAGUGCUGCACCAGAAAAUGUUUUCAGAAUUUAUCCCCCUAUUAAUGUAGUUAUAUCCAUUUGAUGUUUUGAGUAUACACCCGCCCCUCCCUCGUUUUUGAAUUAUAUACCUUUAAAACCAAAAGGGAAAAGACGUUGAGCUGCAUGUUCUGCAGUCUGCCUUGGUUUUUAACGACCUCCCUUCCUAUUGUUUUAUUGCCCCAGUAAUGGCCGAUCCCAAUUCUAUUCAACAUAGAAUUAUUGAGUGACUGAUUCUAAAAGAAAAAAAAAUUUUGGCGUGAAGCAUGACUGUGUUACAAAAAGUUGUUUUGUGUAGCCAAAAUCUUUUAGGCCGAUAUUAUGUAGAAAUGUAUUUAAACACCUUCAGUUAUUAGUAGCACAAACCUGCACCCAGUCAUUUUGUAACGACACAUACGGGGAAAUCUCAGAAAUUCAUGAUUUCGGGACUUUUUCAUUAAAAAAUGUGUUUUCUUUCCUUACAACAACUUGUCACAAAUAAUUUUCCAUUUGUUUUCAAGAAGAACUUUUCGCUUCAUGCCCGAAAAACUCAACAUAGAGUACAUAGACGUAUGGGCACUGCUGAGCAUUUCUUAAAAAUUUUGGUCAUUUUAGUUGCACUGUUUUCUAAUCCCUUGUUUUUGAGGUCAUCAUUUGAACACUACAUUUUAAUUGAGCAAAUAACCACCAUCCUUUUAAAUAGUGUGCACUUUAGAACAAGCAAUGUUACAUUACAUAUUUAAAUGUGUUUUAUGUUCAGGACGCACACAGUGGGAGAUAAUCAUCAUAUUAACAUGGCACAUAUUUAAUUCUUACAUUAACUAACGUUUUAAAAACACAGUUGAACUAUUCAGUUUUCAGUUUUUUUUUUAAAUAAUAGUAAAUCUGUUAAAAGAAAGGAUUGUACAUUUUAUUUUCAAGAUAAAAUAUCAAUAGAUGGAAUUCUUGGAUAUUUCAACUCAAACUAAUGUUGCCCGAGAAGUUAUCUGUGUGAUACACCUUAACUGUGGCUUAAGAACAAUCAAUACCUACAAUUACUCCUUCAGAAAGUAUCUCAUCAAGGCCCUUUUACUUUUGUUGAUCUCAGUGUAUUCUCAGAAAAGCGAACAAAAACUAAAACAUGAUAAGUGAACCAUGAGACUUUGUGCGUCAGCUGCGGUUAAACCAUAACACGAAGCCGAUACUUAACUCGUUAAAAGAUAAUGUUUGGAUGGAGAGUCCCUGCUGAGCAAGGUGUUCCUUUUAGCUGAUUAAAAGCCCUUCAAAGUUAAUUUCCUGAGAAAUCUCUUCAUCAGAUCAGUGUCGCCACCAGUUGUGCAGCCUUUUUUUUUACAUGUGUGCAAUAAGUCUUGAACCCUCUUGUUGGUCCCAACAACCAAUUUAAAUACUUUUUCAUUAUCCCCAUAUUUCUGAUCAUGUUUACUGCCUCUUCUCCCCUCAAAUAAAAAGUCUCAACAUGUGUCCGAUUAAUUUCCUUUGCUUCCCACAGACGUGGGUUGUUGUUCGGGUUAUGUCGGGGAAAGUUUGGGGCGGUGAUACUUGAGAACUUUACGUCAGUUUUCUUGACAAAAGACAUUGGAUCUUGGUGACGCUGACAUCGGAAAGCAACCAAAGGCAGAGACCUGAUACAGACACAUAACAAUGUGCCUCUGUCACACUGAAACAAUGAGUCAGGAUUCCUGUUUGGUCUAUCAAAUGGGCGACAUAGGUUAUCACAGGAACUGCAGGUUUCCCUACAAAACCAUUGUUCAUGCAGUAUUCUUCCUUUCUAGUAGUUUGUGACAUUUUCUCAUUUGUCCACUUGUAAACUAGACACUGGUACUACUAAACACAGCUUAGUUGUAAAAGUACCCAAUUGCCAAAUUGUAAACAAAUACAGGCCAGAUGUUCCAAUCCAUGAGUACUUCAUAGUCAUAUGAAAGUAUUACGAGUACACAGUAGUUCAUUUUUGUAUUAGUACUGAACUGACAGCUGAAUGACAGGCUGGAGGGAGAACCUUUCAAACUACAGGAGAGAAGGUUGUGAUUGGAUGAAAAGCAGGAACUGUGCAUGUGACGUAAGAGGCAAGUUUCUGACUGAACUGUUGUUCAGCUUCAUUCAUCAAUUAUGAAGGGACUCAGAGAGAGACACAGGAAAAUGAGUCAAUUAGAAUGAAAUGACAUUUAUUGUGAACAGGGGAAAACCAGAUUUUUCCAACUCCGCCUUCAUGUUGAUCCCUCAGCUUCACACCAGUAAUGUUUCGUGACAGCGACCUGCUCAGUUGUGAUGGUAUCAAUGAACUGUCUGUUCACGCACUGGCACGCAAGAACCAGGUGGAAAACAACCAACCAGUCAGGCUGGUGUGACGGAACAAAAGCACAUGUAUCUCGAUUUGUCUGGGGUGUGGUUUGGGGGGGGGGCGAUGCGAUGUUAUGUUAGACUUUAUCUCGACCUCCAGCAGUUUCCUGAGCUCAGAGAGAUGUCGGGCUGAUGUCGAGUUUUGUUGAAUAGACUUCAAAAUCAGUGAGUGCAGUAAAAGCAGAGGAGUAAGAGAGAAACUAAAAGGAGGAAAUGCAUUUUGAGUGACACUUCUUUGGGCUUUUGUUUCCUCAAUCACAUUCAUCGCUUAGUUAUUUAAGCCUCAGGUCUCACGAGAUGAAUGUCUUUGUAGAGAAACAUAACCACUGUGUUGCUGAGAAACAGGAAGACGCCCUUCCCCCCCCCCCCCCCCAGCAGGAAGGAACUUUCCACUCGCCCCGGCUCGGUCUGCUGAACCGCUUCGAGAUGAUGAGGUGUGACCGCUUCUAAUCUAUGUCGUUCAAUCAUGGCAGAGGAUGUGUAUGUGGUUGAAAGAAGCACGUCGUUGGAACUGUCACAUUGAGGUUUUCAUCAGAAAGGCGGGAACUUAUAAAAAUAAAAUGUUCUUGAUGCAAUGCUUCAAUAUAUUUACCACUUAAACAGUUUAGACAAGUAAACUCACACACUUAAAAAAUAUGAUAUUCUAACUAUUGUUUUAACAUUAAAUAUAUAUUAAGGGGCUAGUUGAGUUACUACAGCCACUAAGAUGCUCAGAGUGGUGAAGUGAACAAGCCUGUAUUAAGGAGGUAUAAAGUUACACAUCUUGUUGUAGCAUGUUAGCAAGUUAACAUUUGCUCGUUAGCUCCCAAACCUAGACACAAAGUACAGUUGAGGCUGAUUGAAAUGUUUUGCAGGUACUUGGUUUAAAGUGAAUAAAUUGGACAAAUGUUUUAUUAUUCUAAAACAAUUUUACCAUUCACAUUGAUUUACAUUUUGCACGAGAUGUCUUUAGUAUUUGGAUUAAUGAUUAACCAAUAGAAUAUUGAUAAAAUGGUAAAAGAAACAUGCUAAUGAUUGAUCAUUGAUAUUUGACCAUUAGCAUAUUUAAAAAAACUAAAAACAUUUGACCAUUAGCCUUUCGAAUGAGUCAUGUGAACGUGUGUUUCUUUUCUACCAUGCUACUCUUAGCAUUUAUGAUACAACUUUAGCAUGUUUUAUUUAAACCAUAUACAUGAGGUCUUUCUUUAAAAUACCUUUAUUCUAAAUGUGACUAAGAACGAAACUCACUGGCAAAUUUGCACAAUUUGCAAAAUCUGUGAAGGAAGCUCGGGAGACUUUCUCUGCAAGGAAGGAUCUGAAACCCUAUUCACUGAGUCAGUGCUUUGAAUCAGGCUUUGUGCAGAGGUGUGGGGAAAUGCCUUUCAGCAGGGGCGUUUCUAGGAUUGAAAGAAAGGGGGGGCUUAGCCCCUAAGGAUGCUGAAAGUUGCUCAUUUGGGGCUGCGGAUAUCCAUGUUUCAUACAGUUCAUAGAUUGGUUCAAUCAGAAAGAGUGUGAUUUUUCUGUUUCUUUGCUUGCAUUCAUUCAGUAUAAGAUAACAGAAAAGACGGAAUUUCAGGGUCAUUUUGAAAUUUGACAACACAAAUAUGAACUGAUUAUAAACAACAUUCUAUAGGCACUGAUAUUGUUUUAAAAUACUAGAGAUAGAUAUUAAUGCAAAGAAUAGAGAGCUGUCGAUAGUUAUUUGUUACAUUUCAAAUUUGCUCGUUCACACUCUUGCUCACUGGAGACAUUUUCUAACAAAAUAGCUAGCUAGCUAGCUUAAUGUUAACAUAGCUCAUUACAAUAUUCCCUUUCAUUUGCCUCAAGUAAACCUAAAUUUAAGCAGGUAACAAUCGUUAACAACUACAGAUAGCCACAUUCUGUAACUACCUGUACUUACAAUUUCACUCCGUGCAUCAUUUACUAUGAGCUAAACUCCUUGGCUGUAAUCCUGCUGUCUUGAUGAGAGACGUUACUUGGCAGAGUGAGAAAGCUAGCGCAGCAGCGAUGCAGACUCCCCAAGGUCAUAGUGCCCGGGCUUUUAUUGUUAAGUAUGAUGAGAGGCUAUUGGAUUGUAAUUUGAAGGGGGAGAAAACAUACAAACCAGAAACACACUUACAUAUGUAGCAUGUUAGAGUUAUAAAUAACUUGCGUUGCGGUCUCUCAUUCUGUGAGACAGACCUGAAAGUGUCUCUGCUCAUAGAACCACAUGUGUCGGGGUCGCCUACGAUGGCCCACAAGGGGAAUUCAGUUUUUAACCUUUACCCAUAAAAUAAGGGCAGUUUAUUCCACAGACUAUUGGUAUACAAUGAACCAAGUGUCUACACAAUGUGUUUGAGUCGAGUAGGGCUGCGUCGAGGACUUGAGUUUUAUCAGUCGGCUGAUUAUUUUCUUGGAUCUAUAAUGUGUGAUGAAAUAGUAAAAAUACAUUUUCUAAAGACAUAGAACUCAUUUUAAUCUACAUCAUGUUAAUACAAUCCCACAAUUUGUUGCUAGAAAUCUUUUUCUUUACACUUUACACACGUCAGGUGAUAAAUUUACAUUCUAUGAAUGUUUAACCAGAAAUACAUGAAAACAGAAAUAGAACAAAGAGAACUCGUAUAUAGUUUAGAAUAUACUUGUGAAUAUUAUAUAAAUAUAUCAUCACUAUGAGUGAUCAAGACGUAUGGUUACUAGUACAGCUGAGUUUAAAAUAACUGAGUUAAAGUAUAAAGUAUAAUAGUCUUUUUUAUAUUGGAAAACUGCUAUUUACAAAAGAUUAGACUCCAGGUUUGAACUUGUUAUUUGUUUGUUAGCAGGAUUACGCAAAUACUGGAAAUUGCAAGAUGGUACAUAUUUUUGGGACAAAAUCUCAAUGAAUUCUUCCUCUUUCUGUAAAAUAGUGAGAUAGGAUCCUUGGUGGAGGUUUGCGCUCCGAGUGCCAUUCUAGUUUAUUUCUUUAAUUCACUUAGAAUAUAUUUAAGGGAUAACUGUUUGCUUUAGAGUUACUUUGUAACGUUUAGUCAACCAGCAUCUACUCAUAAGACAAAACAUGUGUAAUAAAAGUAAAGGUUAUAUUCAGUGUAACACUAAGAGACUAGAGAUAAGUGAUAAUUGAUACGUUACCCACACGUGAUAAAUAGAGGCUUAUUCCAUUUACCUGACACAAAAACACUCAAAGUUGCAGAAUUUAACUGUAUUCAAAAAACCUUGUAUCUAAAUGCAGUGAGGAAUUCCUGACAGCAUAUAUAUAUAUAUAUAUAUAAAUAUGUAUAAAAUAAUAUUUUUUACUAGAUUUAUUUAGAGCCUGUAAGUUUUUAUAAUUACAGAACUAUUGAACUCAGCAGCUGUUAAUGUAACUAAAGCCCAGGGGUCUCAUUUCUCACCAUUGGGUACGUGAUGCUGAUGAUCAGCUGAUAUAGAUUCUAUAGAUCUGCGAUCUUUGUGCUGAGUACCACACAGAUCGAAUCCUCCCAGUACAAACACAAGCAUAUAAUCCUAAUUCUGAUAAAUCUUUUACACUGUAAAAAGAACAAGGAUAAAUAUUGAAAUAAUAGUAACCUUUACAUAAUAAUAUUGUUUUGAAACACUUAGUAGAAUUUAAUUGCAUUUUUUUUAGGAAAGUCUAAAGUUCCAGAAAAUUGAUAAAUUGUACUAAUUGGGAGGUCUUAGGUUUUAAUCAUGUUACACUUCCGCCCCAAAGGAAUUCUGAGGCACAUGGACAUCAAGCAGGAUCUGCCACACUUUUCAGGGACUGCCGUUUUCCAAAAGGUAAGACCUGCUCAAUUACUUGUAGUUAACGAAUAAUUUUUAACCCAGAUGCCAUAGCAAUUGAACAUUGUUUACCGGUCUUGAGAAUUAUCAAACAUGUAGAGGUGUCCCCCCCCCCUGUUGAAGAGCAGUGGAAACAGUGGCAGUUUGCUUUUUGUUGUUUGUGUAUUCAGUACUUUCCUGACGUAAUUGUGCAUGAUAAACUUUCCAAAAUUGAUUAUUUCACUUUUGUGACGUUUGUAAAUCUAUAAUAAAAUUGUAUCUGCUUUAUAAUCACAUCACUCUUACCCCAUAAAACCGCUCUUCACCUCCAGCUCACUAACAAUCACUCAACAAAGUGCACGUUGCGUUGAGGUGUGCGUGUGCACGGUUUUAUGAAUUUGAAUUUUCUUUUGCGAAAAGCCAUUUCCUGCUUUUGUGCGAAUGUACACUUUUAGUAUGAACUGUUUUAUAAAUGAGACCCAAGAGCUUUAGUGUUGUUCUUCAUAAAGCCUGCUGAAAGCUUUACACACUAACAGAAUGCAUUGAUAUAUAUAUUCUAAUAACACAACAGAUCAACCUCCAUAAUGUGGGGGUUAUACUGUCUCCAUCAUAACAUGACUUUCUUUCAAAAGCAUCAAUUAUAGGAUUCUAUAUAUCUAUAGAUCAUGUAAUGUUAUGGUCACAUACUUAAUAUAGUAUGAUGCAUAUUAGUAUGUGAUAUUAUUAUUAGCAUUAUAAUUCAUUUUAGACGUCUUCAUGACACUUAAGUGCAGCUUCCACAGCCGGAAAUCUAUAAGCCUGUGAGGUCGACUAUGGCUUUGAUGAAAAUUGUGUCAUCUCUCAAAUAGGGGCUCUUGCCGGCCAAUUUAGCCAGUGGGCAGAACAACGGGCAGCCACUGGCGAUGUUCAUCUCACUGAUCGGCCGCUGGAAGGAUGUGGAGGUGACAUCAGGGCGGAAAGCGUCGAUAAUGUGCUCCCUGUUAUUCUGAUCCAAGAGCAUUAGAGUCACCUGGGGAACAGGAGAACGUAUUAAUUCAUCUGGGAUUCAGGAUUUAAAUGAGUGAACGUGUGAGUUUUGUUUCUCCUACCUUCUGACUGAACGGCCAUUUCAUCAGAGCGUCAUACCGGCCCCUCAUGACCACAAAGAACAGCGAAAGGUGCGUUCCCCGUCCCGUUCCAUCGCCGUUCAGAUACAGCCUCAGACACAUUUUGUAGCCGUACUUGCUGGAGUAGAACGCUGCGAAGGCGAAGAAGAAUCCAGAAUGUAAACAGAGCCUAAAAACAGUGUCAUGUGAGAAUAGGAGUGACAGGCACACUCCCUUAAGGAAAACAAGGGUGUACUUCAGUGGAAGUCCCCCCGUCCACAUGCCAAGAGUUAACAUCAUGCAAACCACGUGAACUCGGGUGCGUAGGAUGUGCAGCAUGUACAGAAGAGCUUUGAAUCUGGUGUCUUACCAGGUGAGAACAUUGCAGGAGUCCGCCCACCAACAGCGUCCUGUCUGCGGCGCGCGAAGUCGGAGACUUUCCAGACAAAUAUCCCAUCGUAGGUGCAGAACUGGAGUUCUCGCAGCAGGUGUUCGGUCUCCGACAGCUGCAAGUCUCUCAUAUUCAGCGUCCUCUCCAGCUGUCGUACUUUGUUUGACAGAUCCUCAAUCUUUUCCUGGUCUAAGCGAUGUUGAUGCGAGAAAGCUUCCAAUGUCACAGUGCUGCGCUCCACUUCACGGUUCAAGACACACACUAUGUUUUCUAAAGCAAUCACCUGUAGAGAAGGUCCAACAAACACAAAUGCAUUCAGACCCUCAUAAUAAGACAAAAGUGGGUAACAAAGAGACUUAGAUUGACUGGGACUCACCUUCUUUUCCACGUCCACCGACUGUGGGGAGGCUGCAGCGCCAGUGUCCAUACUGACUCCCUCCUCAGGAGCCCUGUACAGGCCCAGACCAGAGUCCUCCUGCCACUCGCCGGGACCUGAAGCCUCGGCACGUACCCGACCCACUGACAUCACCAUGGGCAGCAGCAGACGCAAGUGCUCCAUGGUGCUGCUGUGCUCAUGGUCACUGAGCUUCCCGUUGUCCAGCUGGGAAAAACAACAGAGCUCAUUUAGCUGACACUGUAAUCAGGUCCAAACUUAAAUUUCAGAAAUGCAGGUGUUUCGGUCAGUUUCGUGUUGCCCUGCUGUAAUGUUAAGUUUGGAGGGGGUUUUACUUUAGAGGGAAGGAAAGGUGCAUUUAACCUCGUGCCUCUCUCGAAUUAGAUUACCUUAUAAAGAGAAGCUAUAUUAGGAGUUAAGAAAGGAGAACCAAGCUGCAGAGAAAAUCCAGCUCCACUUACACAAAAACUUUAUUCACAAAAGAAGAUACGCACAAGAUAAAUGGUAGAUGGUGCUUUUAAUUUUUAACCCUCACUAAUCACUCUCCCUUCGAGGGGUGUGUUUUUCCUGCACGAGAGAGAGAGGAGGGGACUUGUUUUUGCUGCCAUGUUUGUUUUUUGUUAAGUAACUCUUCAGUUAAUUAGGCAUUUUCUUUCAUAUGUAAAAGUCAGUGGUCAUUUGCAUUGUGUAUACAGUAAGAAAUGUUCAAAUGUCAAUAAUGUUUAUUGUGUUUCACUGGAGGAGGGGAGAGAGAGGGGGUAGAAAAAGCCGGUUGAGAGAUCACUGUGUGUGAGAAGGAGGGGGGGGUUCAAGAAUCCUACAACAUAGAAUAUAUGAAUAUUUUUUGCUCACCUGUUUAAUUGAAAAAAAUUACUCAAUAAAAGCAUCAUAUUUUAUAAACAUACAUACCACGAAUUUGCAGCCCACUUCACUGAAUGGACAGGCACUCUUGGACUUGGCACAGAUUCGGCUGUGGUCAAUGAACUGGAGGUAGAAUGGACAUAGGAAAUGUUACCGAACCAGAUCCAAGCAACGCAUCGACUCAACUAAACAGAGAACUGGACAUUAAACAUAGGAUUGAGUAUAGCAUACAAAAGCCAAGGAAUUUGUAACCACACAGCUUUUAUGUAAAAUUAGAGGUUUAUUUGAGAAAUCGCUCAAACCUUUUCUCUUGGGAUCUUUUUCUUGCCACAGUCUUUACAUUGUAAUGGGAACUUCAGGCAGAUUUCAUCAUGGGCCUAAAACACAUCGUGGAGGAGAAAAUUAGCUUGUGCACAUUCAUGGAGACACAACCAGCAGAUGCCUUCACUUCAGAGGGUCUCAAUCUCUCACCUUGAUUUCUUUAAAGUUGAAAGUCAUCUUGCAGUAUUUACAGUUGAGAGUUCUGGCCUCACAUUCUCUCUCAUUAUGGCGGGACUUGUCCGAGAGCAGGAUCGAGGUGUUGCAGGCCUCGCACUGAACUCGAUCAAAUUCGCAUUGGCCUUCAUGCUGAGCCUGAAAAAUGCAGGACAGCUCUUUAAUCACUGCAAUCUUACAGUUUGUGUUUCCCACGCAGGGCGUAUGAGUUCAUUCAUUAUCUUACAUUGAUCUUAUCAGAGAAUGACAGUUGAACUUAAGUGUUCCGGGUAGUUGGGCUGUAGGUUUUACAAUAGAGUCAUAUAAGACCUGUGGUUCUUUUGUUGUAUGUUCUUAUGAAGGCACUGCACCCUUGUCGAUCACUGUUAAAACAACUAUUGAGAUUAAGAAGUCCUUUAUUAGUUUCGCAAUGUUACAGCAGCGGAACGACAUCACAUAAGUAAUGUGCAGUGUAAUGAGUCCAGUAAAGGCAAUAUAACCAACACACCCAUUUAACACCGGUAAAGCUGCAAUGUGGAAGAACACGUUGUUCUGUUCUUACACAUCCAUUUAUCAUCUCCACCAACAGGGUGUCAAAGGUAAGACCAGUACAGUGAUUUAAUAAUGCAUGUGAUAUUAACUAAUUAUGAUUGUUAUUAUCAAUGCCUUAGUAUUUUAAUGUAUGUGGUUGAAAAACAGUAUACUAAAGAAAUUAGAUAUAAAUAUAUGACUCCAAACAUUGUACCUAAAAACAAAUGAAAACAAAACCAUAAAGCUACUAGAAAAUGUGAAUAUCAAAGAAGCCAGUAUUUAAAAAGAAGUCCAGCAAUAAAUAUGGGGAAAUAAUUUAACUUUUUUUUUUUUUUUGAGCUGGCAAGGCCAAGUCCCAGGAAAAGAAAGGGGGCGGAGCUGGAUGCGAGGUGGAGUCAACUGACCCGGAAACGCAAGACCCCUUCAAAAUGUCUACCCACAGCAGCACGCUGACGCCUCGCAGCCACAGGUAGGCUAACCUAUUUUCGCUUUGCCUGCUCACUAUCUGACACGCUACACUGAAAUCACCUUGAACUAAAUGUCCAAAGUAAGUGUGAUAAUCUUUAACGGCUGAUCAGUUGGAUCCCCGUCUCUGCUACGCCACCCUUGCACCACAUUCAGCUUCAUAACACUUCGAUAUGGGUGUGGGUGGCUAGCUAAUGACAGCGCAGUUCUUUCAAGACGACAACGCCCGAGACCGCAUCCAACGAAAAACAAAACAUAAGUGUUGAUGUGUCACAGACUGUUGUGAUCGUUCCAUGAACUCUGUGGUAAAACUACAUUGCACUUUGAGCCCAUUGUUACAUAGAAAACAAGCACAUCUUGUGAAAUGAGGGAAUGGUUCAUUGGAGAGCGAGGCUAGUCAGAGCCGACUCAGCAAAACGUGCAAAAACAAAAAGAUAUGCAAACAUUUCCUGCCAUCACACCUUUUUAAUGUUUCCUGCGCCAGUACUCAUCAAGGUCACAAAACCACAUAGGAUGACGACAACAGACCCCAAAAUAAAA